CAGAUCAGCGUGUGUUCACAGGAGAGACAGUCACUCUCAGAUGUGACAUACAGGGAGGCAGGAGACAUUCAGUGGACAUACAGCUGGUUUAAAGAUGGAUACACUUUAUAUCCAUACACAACAACAACAACAGCAGAGUUCAGUUUCAGAGCUGAUUAUGUGUCUUACGGUGUUAAAUACAGCUGUAGAGGAGAGAGAUCAGACUCACAGAGAUCAGACACCAGUGCUGCUGUUACACUGACUGUAUCAGAGAGACCAAAAGCUGUAGUGAAGGUGACUCCAGAUCAGCGUGUGUUCAGAGGAGAGACAGUCACUCUCACAUGUGACAUACAGGGAGCAGGAGACAUUCAGUGGACAUACAGCUGGUUUAAAGAUGGAUACACUUUCUAUUCAUACACAACAACAGCAACAGCAGAGAUCAGUUUCCCAGCAUCUGUGUCUUACAGUGGUGAAUACAGAUGUAGAGGAGAGAGAUCAGACUCACAGAGAUCAUCGUUCAUCAGUGACGCUGUUACACUGACUGUAUCAGAUUUACCAACAUCUACACUGACUGUGACUCCAGACAGUCCUGUAUUCACUGGAGAGAGAGUCGAUCUGAAGUGUGUGAUUGAGUCUUACAGUGACUGGAGACAGAGAAAUGUACUGUGA